AGGCGAGGGGGGAACUAGCCGGAGCGAUUUGCUGGCGCUUGCCAACUCGUGCGUGCGGAGUGUGUCUCUGAACUCGGGGAGUGAAGUCCUGCGGCGGCGGCAGCGGCGGCGGCAGCCGCGGGCGCUGCCUCUCUCCCGAGUGUCGGCCUUCUAAUUCUUGCAAGACCCCUUGGCCUGCCCCCACCCCCUUCCCUCCAGUAUACCCACCCUUCCCCACUUUUUUUUUUUCCCUUUUGCAAUCACAUGGUAUUUUAAGAAUGCUGGAAAGAUGGCGGUAGCAGCAGCAGCAGCAGCAGCAGCAGCUUCGGCAGCGCCGACUGGGGGAGGCGGCUGCCGGGGGCAGCGGAGCGGGCUGCUGGAAGUUUUGGUGCGGGACCGCUGGUACAAAGUUCUGGUGAACUUGAACGAGGACGCCCUGGUCCUGAGCAGCGAGGAGGGCUCCGGAGCUUACAACGGCGUCGGGGGCGGCGGCGGCGGAACCUCCAAUGGCUCUUUCUGCCGAAGCGCAGGCGGUGGGGCUGGUGGUCACGGCCCCGGGGGUCCCGGGGUCGGUGGCGGGGCUGGAAGCGGGAACCAGUCCCUGGACACCCCUGUACCCUCUGGAGGGAGCAGCCCCCAAGUGGGCGUCCGCACUGCCUUCACUGACCUGCCAGACCAAGUGCCCGAAUCUAUCGCCAACCAGAAGCGGGGCGUGAAGGUGCUCAAACAGGAGCUCGGGGGACUGGGCAUUAGCAUCAAAGGGGGCAAAGAAAACAAAAUGCCCAUCCUCAUCAGCAAGAUUUUCAAGGGGCUUGCAGCAGAUCAGACCCAGGCCCUCUACGUAGGGGACGCGAUCCUGUCAGUGAAUGGAGCCGACCUGAGGGACGCCACCCACGAUGAGGCGGUUCAAGCGCUCAAACGAGCCGGUAAAGAGGUGUUGUUGGAAGUGAAGUACAUGCGAGAAGCAACUCCCUACGUGAAAAAGGGUUCUCCAGUAUCAGAGAUUGGGUGGGAGACUCCCCCACCCGAAUCCCCGAGAUUAGGAAGCACCAACUCAGAUCCACUCUCACCACUCCCCCUCUCCUUUCACCGAGACAAAAAAUGCAUCCCGCUCAAAAUGUGCUACGUGACUCGAAACAUGGCUCUGAAUGACCCCGAAGACAGACAUCUUGAAAUCCAUUCACCUGACGCUAAGCACACUGUCAUCCUGCGGAGCAAAGAUUCAGCCACAGCCCAGGCAUGGUUCAAUGCCAUCCAUGCCAAUGCUAGCGAUCUGCUUACAAAGGUCAUCGCAGAGGUCAAAGAGCAGCUGGGGAAAAGUGGAAUUCCUGGGAGCCGAGAGAUCAGACAUCUAGGCUGGCUUGCAGAGAAGGUGCCAGGAGAAAAUGAGAAGAACUGGAAGCCAGCCUUGGUUAUGCUGACUGAGAAGGACCUCUUAAUCUAUGACAGCAUGCCACGGAUAAAGGAAGCCUGGUUCAGCCCUGUUCAUACAUACCCUCUGUUAGCUACCAGAUUGGUCCAUUCAGGUCCUGGCAAAGGAUCACUGCAGUCUGGGGUGGAUCUGUCCUUUGCAACUAGGACUGGUACCAGGCAAGGAAUUGAAACCCAUCUCUUCAGAGCUGAGACCAGCAGGGACCUUUCUCAGUGGACAAGAAGCAUCGUUCAGGGCUGCCAUAACUCAGCAGAACUCAUAACUGAAAUCACCACCUCAUGCACAUACAAAAACCAAGAGUGCCGUCUGACCAUACAUUAUGAGCAUGGAUUCUCCAUCACCACUGAGCCACAGGAGGGUGCCUUCCCCAAGACAAUUAUUCAGGCUCCUUAUGAAAAGCUCAAAAUGUCUUCAGAUGAUGGGAUCAGGAUGCUUUAUUUAGAUUUUGGCGGAAAGGAUGGAGAGAUUCAAUUAGAUCUUCACUCCUGUCCCAAACCUAUUGUAUUCAUCAUUCAUUCCUUCUUGUCAGCUAAAAUUACAAGGCUUGGGUUGGUGGCGUGAAUGGAGGAGUAAUGGUUUCCACAAGAAGAAACAGAGCCACCAUACUUACUGGAAGUAUGAUUCACCAAUCCAUGUUAGGUGCUAGCCAGUCACCAGCAGUGCCCCAAGAGGAGCAGAGGACAUUGGUUAUCAGGGCUAGCCAGUCCCAGUGACUCUCUGAGGCAUUGCUUUCAGUUUAGUCAAAUACAAAGAGCUACGUUAAGAAAAAAGCCACAUUUGGAAUUUCAGAACCAGUUUCUUUAGUCAAGGAAAAUGUCCUUAUCAGGGGGCAAUAAACAGGUUGUAAAUACUGAAAAAGGAGGCUUAAAAAAAGUUCAAUGAUUUGAAAUGAUUUUAAAUAUACUGUAAAAUAGAAAUUAGCAUAUUACUGUGUUCACACUUCAGAAUCAUUGUUGUACUUAUUUUCACAUAACUUGUUUAUUGAUAUUGAGCAAAAGGCUAAGUAGAUGAAUCAGGAUAGACAUAUAUCAUCCUCCUCCCCCAAAAUAAAUGAUAUAGGAUUAGAAUUGGACUAUUUCCACCUACUAAAUAAAUUUAAUUUUUUGAGGGGUAAGACAGUUUUUCACAUAGAAUCUUCUGGUCUUUCAUAAGAUUCAUAGAUUUAAGGAUGGGAAUUUACAGAUCAUCUAAUUCAACUCUUCCAGAUGACAAAAUUAAGGCCAAAAAAUGGGAAAAGAAAUUUCCUCAAAGUCAGGCUGGUAGUAACAGAGUUGGGAAUCCAUAUCCUGACUCCAAAUCCAACCUCUUUCUACAAUCCUAAAAUUUGGUAUGACUAUAAUACCUUUUUUUGAUGGAUUAUAUUCCUGAAGUAAGAGAGUGAUUCUGAAGUGUUCUCUGUUAAUGAAUGUUGAGCAAAAAAAAAAAUUUUUUUUCAAUAGAAAUGAUUAGUAAAGUUGGAAACUACAUAGGUUACUUAGUGUUUGGGGGAAGAUAAUUAAUCCUGGGAUUCCAAUGUGAAUAAUAAAGCCUGUUCUCUAAGAGUAAACCCAAUGAGGAGGAAGCCAGCAGCAGGCAUUGACUAUAAGCUUUUUGAGUUGGGAAGCAAGUCACAAGAGCUAUCUUUAACAUAUAAAAGAAAAAGCAGAAACCCUACCAAAUCCUCUAAAUUCUUUGUCUCUGGUUCAGUUUUGUUGAUGUCAGUGUUAAGUAUGGAAUCAAUUAUUCCUUACAUGCCAUUAUGACUGGGAAGAGCAGCAUGUGCUGUGGAUUAUCCCCAAACCAAAUUCUAUCAGUACUUUGGGUCCUUUUAGAAUCAUAGAGAUUGUAGCUAAUGGCCUGGUUUUAUUCUACCAAAUAAUCAGGGAUAUGUUCAAAUCUAACUUCAUUGAAACAAAAUCUCAGAGAUUUCGGGUUAUAUCAACUCCAUUCAACAUUUAAAGCCGAUUCUUCUCCCUGUGGCUUGUAUAGAUGAGCUUAGCUCUGAUUUUCAGAAUGACAGGGUUUGGCUUGUUUCUCUCUCUCUCUCUCUCUCUCUCUCUCUCUCUCUUUUUUUUUGCAGAUAUCUAUGCAAAGAAUUUAAAAGAGGUAAAUUUGAAAAUUGGCCCACCUGUUCUAAACCUCUCUGCUGCCAGGGAUAUGAAAUGAAAUGAUGUGCAAAGCCUUAUGGGGGUAGGGUUGGGGAGGGAAGAUAGAUUUUUCAUAAGUGUGCUUAUAAAUUCGGAUCUUUAUCUCUAUAAAGCUAAAGAUUGAAAUGCGAGCUUAUGUACUGUAGGAAAGGUUUGACAAUUUUCUAAGUUGCACUGCAUUAUUUCCUUAUACAUCUAAAAAUCACUGGAACGUUGUUCUACAUGAGAAUUUUACUUGUGCAUUGUAAAUAACUUCUUAGGAAACAUGCUAGUGCCAAGAGCUGAAGAUGCCACAGUACAUAAUCCAAGGUGCUCAGUACUACAUGAAGAAUGAGUAACUUACUCAGAAUUAAUGUGCAACAAUCCUAUUAUAUAUAUUUAUAGAAAAAUCUAAAUGAUGAUAAUUGCAAAUAUUCUUUCUUCAUCACUUACCAAGUUUUGGACUGAUUCAUAUCUGGGUGGGUUCACAGAAUGAUACUACCUUCUCUGCAUUUAUAAAAGUUUAAUGAAAAUAUUUAUAUUUUAGAAGAAAUAUAUUUGAAUAAAAUUAUUGGAUUUUUCUGAAGCAAACUAAAAUGUGUCAUUAGCAAGUAACUUAGCUUUUAUUAAGAGAUUUGUGUAUGUGGGUCAUUUAUUGCUCUAGAGAAGCUGGAGUGAUUAUGGUGGUGGGCUUAUCACAGAGUGGCUAAAAUAGAAAAGCUCAUAUAUGUGUGCUUGUGUGUAGAGAUAGAUAAAUAAAUAUUUAGAUAGACAGACAGAUAGAGAUGGAAUUAUCCGAAUCUCCCCACCUCCCCAAAAAAAAUCUGUCAUGAAAGUUACUACAAUAUGUUCAAAAAGGAAUAUAUAGAAAUAUGUAUACGUAUUAUUUUUGUAUAUAUGUAUAUGUAUAGAUUGAAAUAGAUUUCUGCCUAUGUAGGUAGAUAUUUAUUUCUAUCUAUAUAUAGAAAGUUGAAGAGGUUAGAUCCAUCUCUAGAUAUAGAUAUAUAGCAGUAGAUACCUACAUCUAUACAGAUAUUUAGGUAAAUAUCUAUAUUUUUACAUAUAUAUUUUCCUUUUUGAAUGAAACACAAAUUGUAAUAACGUUGAUAACAGGCUUUUUGGUUCGAGUUUUUAAAUUUUAUCUAUGUUGGGAGGAACUUCCAGUAUGGAAACUCCUUCCAUGAUACAAUGGGAAAAGUGUAGGAUUUGAAGUCAGAGAUGAAUUCAAAUGCUGUCUCUAAUGCUUAUUGCCUAUAACUGUUAACUUUUCUCCAGUUUCCUCACUUAUGAAAAUGGAGUUGGAUUAAUUGACCUCAAAGUUUCCUUCCAACUCAAAAUCUACAAUCCUACAAUUUAUUCAUAGAGCUAUGCUGUAACUUAAAGCCUGGAAGAGUCUGGGGCACAGAGACAUUUAAGUAAAUUACUAUUUUUACAUAACUAGUAUGUUUUAAAAGAAAGACUUGAAUUCCAUCAAGCUGCCUCUCAUAGUAGGCUUUAAAAAAAUAUUAGUGAAGAAAAUUGAGAGAAAUUGAUCCUGGUAAGUCAAUAGAAGCACUAGUUUUGUCUAUGUGUUUUUUUUUCUCCUUUUUUGUCAAGUUAUUUAACCAAGCAGAUUGACAGAUUAGUAAUGUCUUCUGUCCAUUUUAAUAAGUGGAUUAGCUGCGUUUGUAAGCCAUAUAUAUGUGUGUGUGUAUGUAUAUGUAUAUAUAUAUAUAUAUAUAUAUAUAUAUAUAUAUAUAUUUAAUGUAGGUUAAGGUUGGUAAAAGUGCACAGUAUUAUUAUCACCAGAUUCAUAGAAGACUUGCCCAUUUGUAAUCAAGAGUGGCAGGUGGAUGAAAAAUCAUUUCAUGCAUCUCUAAGAGAAAGAAAAUGUUAAAUGAGGGCUGUAACACAAGUGUCAGAAUGAAAUAAAAUGAUGCACCCUUUAGAAGGAAUUUGGGAGAUAUAUAGAUAUAUAGGCUUUGGACUGUGGUCUCCCUUAAAAAAUCAGAGGGGCACCCAAUCUGGCUUCUAUGUUAUCAAAGCCUUGUUUAUUCUGCUUAAUGAAUUCAUAUCAGUUCAAAUAAUUUAGAAUGGCCUUAAAAAAUUCUUCUGAAGUUGAGUAGGACCCAUCUGGUUUUUGGUUUUCAUAUAUAUACUGUAACCUCUAGAGAUGAUCUGAAGACAGGAAAGAAGGUGACUUUUUGAAUGUAACACAACAACAAAACAAUGCCUAUAUAAAUAGUAUCAUUAAGAUAUUUUUCUAAUGAACCUAGUUGAACUUAAAAAAAAAGCCAUUAUCCAAUUUAUAGCCAGGAAGCACACAAUGCAAAGUCAACAAUGAAUAUAAUGUGACAGGUUUCUCAGCAGUUUCAGAAGAAAGACAGAGGACUGAAUGGGUUUGAAGAUUGUUCAGUUAUUUUUGUCGUAACUAGAUAAUUCGUGGACUGGCAUCAGGAUGACUUUAAGAGUAAAGUGAAAAAUACAAAGGAUUCCCAGCUCCAGUAGCUUUUCUCUAAAAUUACUUAAAUAUUAUAGGAGAAAAUCUAUUACAAGGAAUUAAGAGAAUGGCAAAAAUUAAUUUUUCGUAAUGGUGAAAUUUUGUUGAAUUAGUUGGUCUUCAAAGCAGGAUAGCAAAUAUUUUUCUUAUGCUGGCAUUUGAUUGUAAUGGUAUUUCUUGUAAUUGACUUUAACCUGUACACCAAACUCUAAAGGUUUGUCUUCUUAAUGGUAAAAUUUGAUUUGAACUAAAUAUGGUUUGAAAUAAGUGAUCCACAGGCUAGGGUUUAAGAUUUGACAUGUCAGCUGUCUUCAAAUAUUCAAAUGGCUGUCAUGGGGCACUAGAUUGGGUUCCCUUAAGCCAUAAUGAACAAAACUAGAAACAUGUUAGAAGAUUAAAAGAGAUAAGAGUUCCCCAAAUAGAAUGGGCCACCUGGAAGGCAUAGGGGAUGGAAUAAAGAGUGAAUGUUGCAAAAGGGAUUCCUGAUCAGGAAGUUAGGAUGUAAGACCAAGGAAGUCACUUAUAAUUCUGACCAUCUGUGUAGGAUGUAGGACCUGUGUAGGAGAAAAACUUUCAGAUUUUUAUAGUAAUAAGAUUUGACCUGGAAGGGUGAAAAAAAAAAUCCUUUAGAACUAGCUAAUUCAACUCAUCUAGGCAGUUUAACAGUUCUGACAAAUGGUCUUCUAGCUUUUACUGGAAAACCUUCAAUGACGGGAAGUUCACUACCUCUUGAGUAGUUGGGGUAAUUUUUUUUUUUUUUGAAGUUGUAUUUUUUUUUUUCUUUACAACUUUUACUCUAUUUCCUUGAAAUUUUCUUCACUUUAGGGAGCUCAAGGUACAGAACUCACUAUCAAGACGGAUUACAAUUUACAUUUUGUUGUCUAAGACACUGAGAAUUUAAGUGACUUUUUUGGGGGUCUCACAACCAAGAUGUCAGCAAUAGGAUAAGGGUAGUUUUCUCCUCUGUAUCACUUUUCAAUCAUUCUAAUACUGAGUACUCCCACCCCAUCCCACCCACAUAUUCUACGUGAACCUAGAUCAAUCUUAUAACAAGAUCAGAAAGUUAUUUUAUUUAAAGGGGUUUCUUUAUCCUCAAUAUUCAAAUGAAUCUUUGAUCCUGUCUAGGAGGGUAAUCCAAUCCACCACGCAAAUCAUCACUCAUCCCUAAUCCUACUGGCCUCUAUGUCCAUGUUCUCCCUCACAUUCUGUGCAGGGGCUGCAUCUAACAUUGUGGGUGCCUUUCUUGCUUUCUCUGGACAUCCUGAAUAAAGUAUCAGGCCAUCCCUUGAGGCUGGCCUUUGUGGCAUCUCUUUUUUACUCACACAUUCCCCAUUAAAUUGUGAGCUCUUUGAGGGCAAGGACUGUCUUUUCUUUUUGUAUUUCCAAGGCUUAGCAAAGUGCCUAGCACAUAGUAGGUGCUUAAUAAAAUGGUCAUUGACUGCUUGAUGGAAUCCUUUUUUCUGUUUCUCUCUCAAUUCCACUUAUGUGGUAGAACCUACUCACACCCACUAUAUGCCUUUUGACUGACCUCCAUAAACACACAUUUUAUGAAAAAAAUAAAAUUGUAAGAGACCUUCUCAUUGUGUUGUUUUCUUAAAGGAUAAAGAAUAUAAGAAGGAUUCUUUUUUUUUUCCUAAGUGUAAUUGUUUUAAACUAUGUGAGGAAUUCUUUCAUGGUUGUUCUCAUAUUUUGUAUUUGCAUCUGUUUAUAAGGUUCAAAAUGACAAAGAAUGAGUUUCUCAUUCAAAUCAGAGGGUCAAAUCAGAGCUGAGCGUCAACAUUACAUCCCAGAUUUUGCUGUUCUUUAAACAAAAAACAUUUUCUGUGUUGGUGGAUAAAGUAUUCAGAAGCACGUGAUAUGUAAACUAGUCUUGUGAUGGCAAAUGAAACAUUGCCUUGUUCAUAACAAAUAGUAUUUCAUUGCAGGCAAAUCUUUUAUUUCUAAAAUUUAUUUCAUAAUACCCUAUACAAUAGAACUCUUUGAACAUGAACCCCCAAAUCAAUUAUCAGGUCACCUAUGGUGCUUCAAAUCAAACAAAAUUUGAUUUCCCUUAGGAAGUACACUCGUACAGCUUGUUAAAGUGAUUAAGUCAUGUUACAAGGUGGGCAUGCAAUCAAUUUUGUAUCAUUUUAAUAGGAAAGCAGCAGGAGCAACUAAUUUGUCCCCUUUAUUCGAUAGUCAUUUAUCCUUGGACACACAAGACACCUUUCUGGAGCAAAAGAGCUCAGGGCUCCUCACACAGGGAAAAAAAAAAGAUUAAUUCAUUCCCAGACAUGGAAACAGGGUCAGAGAGAGAGUAAUGGAGCUUAUUGCAAGGUACUCAGCCCAGGUGGAGGGAAGAGUCUUGGCUUUCAGGUCUUGGCUGUAUCACAGAGCCUCAUAAUAUAAAAGGAAACAUAAUUCUUCUCAAGAAACAAUGCUUCCUUUAUUUUGAACAGUUUUAGAUCACAACACUUUGGAUCAUUCAAACAGAUUUUCCCCACCAAAAAUAUAAAAACCAAGUCUGACGUAAAAUUUUUGAUAUGGUAUUCACUCAGUACUUCAAACCCCAAUGAACUGGAAUUGGGGGGCAAUUCAGCUCUGGUAUCAAGGAUGUCUGGUUAGGUUGGAAGUGAGCUUAAAGAUCACUUAGCUCAUUCCAUUUUUAUGGAGAAGCAGCCGAAUUCUGAGGUCAUAAAGCUGGAAAAGGGUAGUUACAACUUAAUUCCAGGUUUCCUACACAAGACUCCUGUAAUAUACUUAGUUUUCUCAUGUCAAAUUUCUCAAUAAGUAAAAAUGAAUAAAUAUUUUAAGAUGUCUUACAAAUAGUAGGUUCAAAUCCAAAGUUUUUUUCAAACCAGGGGUUCAAAUAAUUAAUCAUCUAUUCAAUGUGCUUUCAAGUAAUAGGUCAACAAUGAAUUUUUAGAUGUUAAAGGACCUUACUGUUUAUGGCACAUUAUGUGUUAAUGAAAGCCUAUUGUGAAAUGCAUUUUUUUCAUUAAUUUUCCUUAUCUGAUAUAAAAUUACCUACUUAUAAAAUUACUUAUUAAUAACAAAUUUAUCAUAUAAAGAUAAAAAUGCAUUUCCUUUUGUGUAUAGAAACAUGCAUAUAAUACAUAUAUGUAUAUAUAUAUAUAUAUUUUAUACACACACGGAGGAGUUAAAGAAGGGACCUUAGGAAUCAUUUAAUUCAGCAUUUUCCUUUUACAAACGGGAUAACAGGUCAAGAGAGCUUAUAUUAAAUGCCCAAGAGAAUAAAUGAGCUGCUAAAUAGGAAAGCCUGGAUUUUAAACUCAAGUUCUGACACAAUAUCUGUUUGUGUGUUCCAUAAUGUCAUUCAUUCCAGCUUUCACUAACUCAGAGACUUUUCUCUAAGACUAGCCUACCCUCUCCCUGUCUUGCAUUGUAAGUAAUUAGUUGUUGGAACACGGGAAUAAUACUAAAGGCCCCAGUAGCUUACAAAAUGUCUAGCUUCUCUAAUUCACUAAUCACUACUAUGGAUGGAUUUUUAAGUCUCUUCCUACUUAUGUAACUACUGCAUACACACAAUUUUUGUUCCCUUUGCAAGAUGGAGUUGUGAAAAGAUUUUGAACUCUACAGCUAUACAUCUUUCCUAGACAUAUCAAGAGGACGAAAAUUAUACCAAUACUAGGAGCAUGGGCAGCACCUUGUUUGAUGAUCAUAGGCUACUGCUUUAAUCAGGCCCAUGAUAGUGGGAACAGGAAGGAUGAAGUGUUGGGUUUUUAUCAUGGCAAUUAUGCCAUAGGAUGGGAAAGAAAUAUUGUGAAUAAAUGAUACAAAGCCAGGUUGUGUGAUUGACUUUUAAAUCUAAGAAACAUGCAUGCAUUGUUUGCAUAAAAUGUGCAUGCUUCUGCAUAAAUUGUGCACCAAGGUGUACUCUGAGGCUUUUGUACUCAAUAAAAUCAUCUUGCUGACUUUAAAGAGGUCCCUUCCUGAUUUCAUCUCUAACCUUCCCAUUCUCCUACUAUGACACAUUUCCCCAACAGACCCAAAGGGAAGGGGUGAGACCUGAGUACACUUUCCUGUGGG